GGAGAGGCAGAGAAGGGGAUCAUAGAGGACUGAACAAUCUACCUCUCAUGUGGGAGAGUAAAAUAUACCUUUUCGACUUUAUUUUGACUGUUCUCGUUAUGCAAUAACAAUGUGGUCAUUUUGAAGGGAGAUAUCCCUCAUGUAAAAUCACCGAAACGCGCUUUAUUGUGAAGAAAGUGUGCGAACAACUAGACCAACGGCGAAACUGACAGUCAGUGUUGUCUUGAGAGGAAGUCUCGUAAAUGUCAGUAUUGACCGAAUCGAGUUUGCGGUUUUAAUUAUUUAUUCUCUCCAUACAAGGUUCAGAUGAGUUUAAGUAAACUACCUAGUAAUCGCUAGAAUUGUACGUUUAUUCAAGAAGAGUUUGGAGUAUUUUUGUGAAAGAUACCAGCGGUGAACGUGAAACGCAGUGACCCGUGGUUUUGGUUUAGUACGCCACGCGUGCCAUGAACCUGAAGUUGUCAUAAGCGAAGCUACAGAAUGCGAGACGGGAGAAAUUGCUGCACUUCAUUAGCUGUGGUUUAGGUUCUUUCAAUGCAAGGGAAUAAGCAAUUUCCGAAGUAGAUACGUGGCAACAUAUCCAUAGCGAGUGUUACAGGAAGCGUAAUUAAAUUGCGAGUUUAUAUGAAAUUGCACUAACUUGUGUUGUGGCCUGCUGCACAGACAGCUAACAUUAGCUAGCAGUUAGCUAGCUAGCUAGCUGCUCCCAUUGGCCUGCUCUGCGACUCUCGAGACUGCGGAUUGAAUCAAGAACACUUGAAAAGAAGACUCAAUGCCGUGCAAUUUAUUGGCAAGUGAGACUUUAUCUUCGUUUGUCCACAAUGAAUACCACUGUUGCAUUUGUUUGUGGCGAUUUUGAAUAUCCACCAGAUCUGUACAGAUAACUAGCUGAAGCUAAUCAGGUAGCUAGUGAACACGUUGGACUCUUCCUUCCCUCCGCCCAUUUCUCCGGAAUGCAUGUUUUUAUUUUUGUUUACCUGUGGGUUCUCGUGGUUUAGCUAACUAACCAACUGACAGCUACCACUUGCCAGCUAGUUUUAAUCGAGUUGACACGGAUUCUUCCCCAGUUGCGCUCGACCGUGUCGUCGGUCGGAUAUUGACUUAAGUAAAUAUGUGGCAGCGGACUUCCCUUGUGGUUUUUGUGACUGCUGUCUACGUAUGGAAUUGUCAGCAAACGAAUGGAGAAAAUACAGAAAUCUCCCCGGGAAUCUGCAACAGUAAGGACAUCCGGAACAACGUGACCAACCUGCGCUCCCUGGAGAACUGCACGGUCAUCGAGGGCCACCUGAAAAUCAUCCUCAUGUUCAAGACCAAGCCCGAGGACUUCAGGGGCCUCAGUUACCCCAAACUGACCGUGGUCACAGACUUCCUCCUCCUGUUCAGGGUCUACGGAAUGGAGAGCCUCAAAGACCUCUUCCCUAAUCUCACUGUGAUCCGAGGUAACAACCUGUUCUUCAACUACGCUCUGGUCUUCUUUGAAAUGCUGCAGCUCAGGGAUAUCGGCCUCCAAAGCCUGAUGAAUAUCACUAGAGGAGCGGUUAGAAUCGAGAAGAACCCGGACCUCUGCUACCUCUCCACGCUGGACUGGUCCAAGAUCCUGGACACGGUGGAGGACAACUACAUCGUAGCCAAUAAGAAUGACCGGGAGUGCGGGGACGUGUGUCCCGGGGCGGCCAAAGGGAAGACCACCUGUCAGCAGACCACUAUCAACGGCCUCUUCAGCGAACGCUGCUGGACGCACAAGCACUGCCAGAGAAUGUGUCCCCCCAGCUGUAAGCACCGGGCCUGUACCAAGGACAACCAGUGUUGCCAUGAGUCAUGUCUGGGAGGCUGCUCUGAGCCCCAGAACAGCAGCAGCUGUGUAGCCUGCAAGAACCUCCAGUACCAGGAGGCCUGUGUGGACCGUUGUCCCCAGGGAUACUACACCUAUAGGGGCUGGCGCUGCGUCCCCUUCUCCUUCUGCCAGGACCUCCACAACAAGUGUAAGCAGAGCAAGAGCAGCGACUGCCAUGAGUAUGUCAUCCACAAUGGAGCCUGUAUACCUGAGUGCCCCUCCGGAUAUACUACUGUCAACUCCACCACGUUAAUCUGUACUCCAUGUGCUGGGCUGUGUCCUAAGGUGUGUAUGGGCCAGAAGAUGGUGGACUCUGUGACAGCAGCACAGGCUCUGAAAGGAUGCACCGUGCUCAACGGCAGCAUGGAAAUCAACCUCAGAGGAGGAAAUAACAUAGCAGCAGAGCUGGAGGCUAACCUUGGUCAGUUGGAGGAGAUUACAGGGUAUCUGACCGUCCGGCGCUCCCUACGCCGCUCUCUCUCUUUCCUCCGCAAACUACGGGUCAUCAGAGGGGACACACUGAUAGAUGGGGGCUACUCGUUCUAUGCGUUAGACAACCAGAACCUGCGUCAGCUCUGGGACUGGAACAAACACAACCUGACCAUCCUCCAGGGGCGCAUGUUCUUUCAACUCAAUAUUAAGCUCUGCAUGUCAGAGAUCCGCAAGAUGGAGGAGGUGACAGGCACCAAAGACAGACAGCACAAGAACGACAUCGUAUCCAAGACCAAUGGAGACCAGGCCUCCUGUGAGAACCAGGAGUUAAGGUUCACUCAGGUGCGUGCCACGCAUGAUAAGAUCGUGAUCAGGUGGGAACCGUUCUGGCCUCCUGACUUCAGAGACCUGCUGGGCUUCAUGCUCUUCUACAAGGAAGCGCCCUACCCCAACGUGACAGAGUUUGACGGCCAGGACGCGUGUGGUUCUAACUGGGUAAUAGUUGACCUGGACCCCCCAGCCCGGGCUACAGAGGGCAACCCACAGGUGGAGCCAGGUACCCUGAUCUUGUCUCUGAAGCCCUGGACGCAGUACGCCAUCAUGGUCAAGACCCAGCUCUCUGCCUCUGAUGAACACCAGGUCCUCGGAGCCAAGAGCAAAAUCAUCUACGUCAGGACCAACGCCACCAAACCGUCCGUGCCCCUGGACCCCAUCUCGUCAUCUAACUCGUCCUCUCAGAUCAUCCUGAAGUGGAAGCCCCCCACGGAUCCCAACGGCAACAUCACUCACUACCUGGUGUACUGUCAGCAGCAGCCUGAGGCCAGCGAACUCUACAAGUUUGACUACUGUCAGAAAGGUAUGAAGCUGCCAUCGCGGGUGCCCACCCAAGUGGACAGUGAUGAGGAGGCCAAGUGGAACCAGACUGAGGACGAGGGGCAGGGUGGCCGCUGCUGUGCCUGUCCCAAAACAGACAAACAGUUGAAGAAGGAGGCAGAGGACUCAGAGUACCGCAAGACCUUCGAGAACUACAUCCACAACGAGGUCUUUGAGCCCAAACCAAGACAGCGCCGCUCCGCCAUGGGCGUAGCCAAUCAAACGCAGCCGUCAGUCGUGACGACGCCCGCCACCCUGCCCGAAGGUUUCGCCACCCGCGGCCCAGACGACGAAGAUGGUAAUGGUGUGGAGAGCAGUAAGAUCCAGCUGACAGUGUUUUCCAAGGAGUCUACGGUCAUCUCCGGCCUCCGACACUUCACCUCGUACCAGAUUGACGUGCUGGCCUGCAACCACCCCACAGACCCUUCACGCUGCAGUAUGGCAGCCUUCGUCUCAGCUCGCACCAUGCCUGAGGACAAAGCAGAUGACAUAGUGGGGCCCAUCAGCUACGACGUGACUGAGUACACAGUUCAUAUCAAGUGGCUGGAGCCUAAAGCCCCCAACGGCAUGAUCAUCCUGUAUGAAGUCAACUAUAAGAGACUGGGAGACACAGAGGAGCUGCACCACUGUGUGUCCAGGAAGAUGUACCAGCAGUCGGAGGGCUGCAAGCUGAGAGUGGUGCAUCCUGGGAAUUAUACCGUGAGGAUCCGAGCCACCUCGCUGGCAGGAAACGGCUCCUGGACUGACCCCACACAGUUCUACGUAGAAGACCUGCGGGUGGAUCCAUCCAACAUGGUGAAGAUUAUCAUUGGUCCAGUCAUUUUUAUCGUUCUGCUGAUACUGGUGGUAGCAGGAGGAUUCGUCAUGUUCAAGAAGAAGCAAACCCAGGGCCCCUCUGGACCUCUCUACACCUCCUCCAACCCAGAGUACCUCAGUGCUGCUGACAUGUACGAGCCCGACGACUGGGAGGUGGGCAGAGAUAAGAUCAACAUCCUGCGUGAACUGGGUCAGGGCUCGUUCGGCAUGGUCUACGAGGGCAUCGCCAAGGACAUCGUGAAGGGCGAGCCGGAGACACGCGUGGCAGUGAAGACGGUCAACGAGUCGGCCAGUCUGAGGGAGAGGAUCGAGUUCCUCAACGAGGCCUCCGUCAUGAAGGGCUUCACCUGCCACCAUGUGGUGCGUUUGAUGGGUGUGGUCUCUAAGGGCCAGCCCACUCUGGUUGUCAUGGAGCUGAUGACACACGGUGACCUGAAGAGCUACCUGCGCUGCCUCCGCCCUGACUCUGAGAAUAACCCUACAGGGCGCCCGCCCCCGACCCUGAGAGAGAUGAUUCAGAUGGCAGCAGAGAUAGCAGAUGGCAUGGCCUACCUCAACGCCAAGAAGUUUGUCCACAGAGACCUGGCUGCUAGGAACUGCAUGGUGGCGCAGGACUUCACUGUUAAGAUAGGAGACUUUGGUAUGACCAGAGACAUCUAUGAGACAGACUACUACAGGAAGGGAGGGAAGGGUCUGCUUCCUGUCCGCUGGAUGGCUCCUGAGUCUCUGAAGGACGGAGUGUUCACCGCUAACUCAGACUGCUG